AUGGCCUUGCCCAAGCGCAUUAUCAAAGAGACGGAGCGCCUAAUGGCGGAACCGGUCCCGGGUAUCAACGCAGUUCCCCACGAAGAUAACCUGCGGUAUUUCGAUGUCUCGAUUCACGGCCCCGCUCAGUCUCCAUAUGAGGGUGGAAUAUUCCGCCUUGAGCUGUUCCUGCCCGAUGAUUAUCCUAUGACACCCCCCAAGAUUCGCUUCCUGACCAAGAUUUAUCACCCCAACAUCGAUCGCCUCGGCCGGAUCUGCCUGGAUGUCCUGAAGAACAACUGGUCCCCCGCUCUGCAGAUUCGCACCAUCCUGCUUUCUAUCCAGGCUCUGCUUGGAGCGCCGAACCCUGAUGACCCUCUUGCCAACGAUGUCGCUCAGCGCUGGAAGGACGAUGAGCCUGCGGCGAUCCAGACGGCAAAGGAGUGGACCAGGACACAUGCUAUGACUUGA